UCCGCGGGGCGCCCGAGGACUUAGAUUGGUCAGAUCAGCAGCGGGCGUGGCUGAGCUGGUCUCCCGCAGCUGCUCUGGCUUGUUCCUCAACUCAACGUGUGUCUGAGGCGCCGCGUUGUGCGCGCCGCCGCCGCGGAGGUACAAAGAACAAUGCUUAUCAUACAAGUGGAAAGAAAGGCAAAGAAAAAGCUUUCAUGUUCGAUGGGGCACCUGACAGAAGCUGCAGUUUUGGUAUGAAGAUGGGAAGAGGAAGAACAAGCCGGAUCAGAAGACGGAAACUCUUCCGAAGUUCUGUAUCAGGAGGAGUGAGUGAGAGUUACAAGCCUGAAUUUAUAGAGCUUAAGAAGUGGCUGAAAGAUAGAAAGUUUGAAGAUACAAACUUAAUACCGGCUUGUUUUCCAGGUACAGGAAGAGGGCUGAUGAGCAAAACAUCCCUGCGGGAGGGACAGGUGAUUAUUUCGUUGCCUGAGAGUUGCCUGCUCACCACGGACACAGUGAUUAGAAGCUACUUAGGGGCGUACAUCGCUAAGUGGCACCCUCCUCCAUCCCCUCUGCUGGCUCUGUGUACCUUUCUGGUUUCAGAAAAGCAUGCUGGAGACCAGUCUCUCUGGAAACCGUACCUAGAGAUUUUACCAAAGGCCUACACCUGCCCCGUUUGUUUGGAGCCAGAAGUGGUGAAUCUUUUUCCCAAACCCUUGAAGGCAAAGGCCGAAGAGCAGAGAACCCGUGUGCAAGAGUUCUUUUCUUCUUCCAGAGAUUUCUUCUCUUCCCUGCAGCCUCUGUUUGCUGAGGCCGUCGAGAGCAUCUUCAGCUACCGCGCCCUCCUGUGGGCCUGGUGUACGGUCAACACCAGGGCCGUGUACGUGAAGCCCAGGCAGAGGCGCUGCUUCUCGGCAGAGCCAGACACCUGUGCGCUCGCCCCGUACCUGGAUCUGCUGAAUCACAGCCCGCGUGUGCAGGUAGAAGCAGCAUUUAAUGAGGAAACUCGCUGUUACGAAAUUAGAACAGCGUCACGCUGUAGGAAGCGUGAGGAAGUGUUCAUCUGCUACGGCCCCCAUGAUAACCAGCGGCUGCUGCUGGACUAUGGAUUCGUUUCCGUCCACAAUCCUCAUGCUUGUGUGUAUGUCUCAGAAGAUAUACUUGUUAAAUAUCUUCCAUCAAUAGAUAAACAGAUGAACAAGAAGAUUUCCAUUUUGAAGGAUCAUGACUUUAUAGAAAAUUUGACAUUUGGAUGGGAUGGACCGUCUUGGAGGUUACUCACGGCACUUAAGUUGUUGUGUCUGGCAGCUGAAGAAUUUAUGUGCUGGAAAAGAAUACUUCUGGGGGAAGUAAUUUCAGAUACAAAUGAGAAGACAAGUUUGGACAUGGCCCAGAAAAUAUGCCAUUAUUUCACAGAGGAGACCAAUGCUAUGCUUGAAAAGAUUUCUCACAUGAAAGGUGAAGACGUGGCUUUGAUAAACCAGCUAACUUUGGUAGAAACACUGUGGACAGAAGAGCUAAAGAUCCUGCAGGCCUCUGCUGAGAUUCUAAGCAGUUUGCAGGCACCUUUUAGGUGACUUCACCUAAAGCAUGUGAUCACCUCCUGUGGUGGGUGUGACUUUUUAACCAGUUUUAUUUUGUACAGACUCAUUUGCAGUCAGUGAGUGGUUCCUGUUAAACAAUUAUGUACUUACCCUGCUCCUGCUUUUCUUUGGUGGCGGGGCAGGCCCUGAGGGCACCUGCAGGGGGCAGGGCAGGCCCUGUGGAUACUGGAGUGGAAGUGAUGACGGACCGUCGUCCUCACAGGACCCCCAGAAACAUUCUCAGAACAGACUCCAGGCCUGCAGGCAGAAGCAGGAGGAAAGCACUGCUCUGUGAGGGGAGAGAGGCCUGAGGGGCGGGCUCUGUGUGUGGCCUUCCCCGGGCCGCCUCCUUCCCCGCUGACUCAGCAGCUGUAAAAGGACCAGAAGUCAUGCUUUCAUUCUGCUCUGAUGCCAUUGGUGUGGAGAUGUGCUGGCCGUGGGUGGGUGGGCCUUGGCCCCCAGCUGCACUCAGCUCAAGCACAUCACUUCACAUUUUUCCUUCUGAUUUCCGAUUGAAAAGGAGAUUGUGGACCCCUUGUGCAGAAGGGCCAGGGGCUGGAACCCGUGCUGGGCAGGGGCCCAGGUGAUGCUGCCUCGCCCCUUCUUGGCCUUGUUCGCCAGGAGCCAGGGAAGUGGCCGUCGGAGGGACAGUCGGGCACUGCCCACCUGUGAGUUUGACUGAAUGGAAGUUCAGUCAUCAAAUACAGGAGAGCGUAGGGCCCGCCUCGGCAGACCUCCCUCUGCGGUUUCCCGAGUGUGUUUAAAUCUCUUGUCAGACAUGUCCCUUUUCCAUUCUCUUUGUGGUGGGUGUUUAACUCUUUUAUUCUGCUGCUUUUCUGUCAUUUUCAUGGGGGUUUGGGAGGAACAGGAGAUGAAUUUUUGUGCUCAAUUGGCUGUUUUAAAUUAAGAGUCUUUACAUCUUUUUCCUUUUCUUUCCUUCCUUCCUCCCUCCCUCCCUCCCUCCCUCACUCCCUCUCUCUCU